AUGGAUCAGCGCUUCGAGUUUAUCCGUGACAUAGGGAGUGGUAACUUUGGAGUGGCGCGACUGAUGCGCGAUAAGGUCUCGAACGAGCUUGUGGCCGUCAAGUUCAUCGAACGAGGGUCCAGGAUCGACAAGAACGUGGAGCGCGAGAUACUCAACCAUCGGAUGCUAAACAAUCCGCAUGUUAUAGCUUUCAGGGAGGUUUUCCUGACGCCGACGCACCUGUGCAUCGUGAUGGAGUACGCGGCGGGCGGCGAGCUGUUCGACCACAUCGUCAAGGCGGGGCGCUUCAGCGAGGACGAGGCGCGCUACUUUUUCCAGCAGCUGAUCUGCGGCGUUGACUACUGCCACAGAUCGGGCGUGUGCCACCGCGACCUGAAGCUCGAGAACACACUGCUGGACGGCAGCCCCGCGCCGCGGCUCAAGAUCUGCGACUUUGGGUACAGCAAGAGCGCGCUGGACAGCCAGCCCAAGAGCACCGUGGGCACGCCCGCGUACAUCGCGCCAGAGAUCCGCAUCCGUGGUGGCAGCAGCGGCCGGGGGCAGCAGCAACGGUGGCAGCAGCUGCAGCAGCAGCAGCGCCGGCAGCUUCGGCAGCAGCGGUGCGGCGUGCUGCAGCGCACCGCGUACAACGGGCACACCGCAGACGUCUGGAGCUGCGGCGUGACGCUGUACGUUAUGCUGCGCAUCAUGGCGGUCAAGUACGCCGUCCCCCCGCAGCUGCGCAUCAGCGCGGAGUGCCAGGACCUCAUUGCGCGCAUCUUUGUGGCCAACCCCGUGCAGCGCAUCACGCUGCCGGAGAUCAAGCAGCACCCCUGGUUCCUGCGCAACUUGCCGGCAGAGCUCGCGAAUGUGAGCCUGGCGCGCGCAAUGCCGGAGCCCAAGCAGACCGUGGAGGAGAUCCAGCGGCUGGUGCAGCAGGCGCGUGCCCCCGGGGCCAAGGCGACGCACGAGAUUGACCCCGAGGUGGAGCUGGACGGCAUGGAUGCGGAGGAGGAAAUGAUGGCCAGCGUGGGCAGCGGCGGCAACUACGCGGUGUGA